AAAGUUUCAGGUUAUAGCUGUCAUUGGUUUUGACUUUGUAGUAAGUAUAAUUAUGUCUAGUCAAGAACAGAAAAUAAAUAAUUUAUUAGAUCGGUUAAGACUAGGAAACAAUCCUCCACGCAAUCUUCAAAUGUCCGGUCAAAGUAUCGCCAGAAAUAAUGGUGAUGUUCCUCACAGUCGCCCAAGUCUCCCUUUGGGCACCGUCCCUAGCAGGCCACGAGAUUUGUCUUUUACGCCAAGAAGCAGUGAAAAUUUAGAGACUGAUAGGAAAUUGAAAGAAAUCAUGAAAAUUAGUGGUAACUUAACAAUCAGCAACAAAUUAUAUGAAACUGAUAUAAAAGAUAUGGAAAGACUUGAAGAACUUGGUUUUGGAACCUGUGGACACGUUAUUAAAAUGAGACACAAACCAAGUGGUGAAAUCAUAGCUGUCAAACAAAUGCGACGCUCGGGCAAUAACGAUGAAAAUAAAAGGAUUAUUAUGGACAUUGAAGUAGUUCUAAAAUCACACGAUUGUAAAUAUAUAGUUCAAUGUUUAGGCUGUUUUAUAACUGAUUCAGAAGUCUGGAUAUGCAUGGAACUUAUGACUACGUGUUUUGAUAAGUUAUUAAAAAGAUUAGGUAAACCUAUACCUGAAGAAAUAUUGGGUAAAGUUACAGUUGCUACUGUAGAGGCUUUAUCGUAUUUAAAAGAUAAGCAUGGUGUGAUACAUAGGGAUGUAAAACCAUCAAAUAUUUUAAUUGACACUAAAGGCCAUAUAAAAUUGUGUGAUUUUGGUAUUAGUGGACGUUUAGUGGACUCUAUGGCAAAAACGAGGAGCGCCGGGUGUGCUGCAUAUCUAGCUCCUGAGCGCAUUGAACCUGACCCCAAAAACCCUGAUUAUGAUAUACGUGCCGACGUUUGGUCAUUAGGCAUUACUCUAGUUGAAUUAGCGACGGGAGUUUUUCCUUAUCCCAAUUGUACAACUGAUUUUGAAGUCUUGACUAAAGUUCUAGGACAAGAUGCACCAAGUUUACCUGAAACUUUUAGUCCUGAAUUUAGGGAAUUUGUUAAAUUUUGUUUAAUUAAAGAUCAAAAACAGAGGCCUAAAUACGCGAAGUUGAAAAAUUUGCCGUUUAUCAAAAAAUAUGAAGUAAAACAGGUGAAUGUAGGGGAGUGGGUGGUAAAUGCACUUAAGGAAGCAGACGCUGUAGCCAACCCAACAGCGCCUAGACCAAACCUCGCACAGUCAACCUUACGUCGUUUUUUUACCUCGCAUCAAAGGCAACCACCAAAUACCCAACAUCUUGCUCAAUUCCUGACGAAUAUUACCAACGGCAACGCGCAGUGUUCCUACAAACCGCUAAAACCACCUGAACCUAAAAAAGAAGAACCUCCGGUUUAUCAAAGUUUACCACCCGAAGGUCGGCACAAUUCACGUUUAAGCACAUUCCAAUUGAAUCACCAAAGAAAUGAUAACCAAAGGACAGACGAUUUGCCCCACCAAAGUACCACCGAACCCAAUGAUCGUCUUUUCAAGACCUACUCGCCGUUUAAAGCAUAUCAGAACCAUCUGGCAGCGAAACAACGCGAACAAGACGAGUUUCAAAGACCGGAAGCGGCGGGAGCGUCACCCUAUGCCUCUAGGAGGGUCACCGAGAGUCAUUGGAGGUCGCCAAGUGCAUCACCCUUGCCUCUCAGGUCGCAAUUUCAAAGUCAAGAACAAUACAAUUGUGGAAAUACUAGUCCUAUAAUUUUGCAAAGGUUCUACCACCAGCAGAAACAGCAACAACUAGCGAAGGAAGCCGAAGAAUCGGGAAAGAAGCGAUUUGCUUCCUACAUUAAGCUGCAGCUGAGCGGUGAUCGGAGUGGAAGAUCAUCAAGGCAUCAAAGCCCUGAGCCCCCACCUAGAAUCAAUAGAACCAUCAGUAGCGAAAAUCAAAGUCCUCUAGCGAUGCACCGGAAUUUUUUAGAAACGAAUUCGCCUAGUCUCUCAAGAAGGUAUAUAUCGCCAACGCCCCCGGUGCCUCCCCCCAGGCGCUUAUCCGAAAGUACGUCUGUGCCAGGCUCUCCACAACAUUUACGGGCUAGAUUUCACUACACGCCAGAGCCCCAAAGGCGGCUAUUCCACAAUAACGACGUGUCAUAACAUCUCAAAAAAUUCAGAGUACUUAGAGAAAAAAACGCCAAUUUUUAAUAUCGAAAUUGCCUUCACUGUACUGUUGUUGCACGGUGUGAAUAAGCUUUGUAAUAGAUCAAUAUUUAACAUUAUUUAGUUGACUUGUCAUCAGUCUUAAGCACUGCAUAAUUGUCGAAAUCUAUAUCGAAUAAGAAAUUUAACGGUCGGAAAAUUAUUUCAUAAAAUUUACUCUUUUCGGAGUAUUUGUAUGACACCAAUUUUUAAUUAAAUAAUAAUUAAAUUUAUAAACACUCCUAACGCACGUUUUAAAUGCGAAUCGAAGACUGGGCAUCGUCGUGUAACUUUAAAACGAAAAAAAUAUAAUCAUUGAUCUCUCAACUUUCAAAUUCAACAUUGAAAACAAAUUAUUUUUAUUAAUAUUUGGCAUCAACUGAGCACACUUGUGAAAAUGGGUUUUUUAUUUAUUUUUGAUCAAAUUUACAAUUUGAAAUAUGUUGAUUUUGAUUAAGCUAAUUCACACCGUUUUAGAGCGGUUUCGCUUGCGUUGAAUGCGGCUUUUACAUAAACGAAGAAAAUUCGUAAUUUUGUUUAAAUGGUGCUUCAAAAAUGAUCCAUUCGGGUUGGCUUAAAUGAAUUCAGUCGUGAUAAACAAAAGACGGCAGUGACAGCUAAAUAAGUAGAUCUAAAGGUCGAUUUUUGUUUGUUGCGGCACAAAAUUCUUUGAUUGAAUUUUUGCAAAAUAUAAUCCUCGUCACUGUCUUUGAAAAUGGCAAACUUUUUUAGUUAUAAUCGUGUGUUCUGCUGUGUUUGUAAAACAUAGUCACUUUACAUUACUAGUCUUUAAUCCGUCAGGAUGUUGGUUGCUGGUCCUGUGUAUUAUUAAUUUUUUAAGUGAUUUAUUUUAGAAAUAAAUAAUUUUAGUAUUAAAUGAUUUUAAGAUUAAAUAAAAUUCAUUAUAGGACUGAUAUUUAUUACAACAAAAAUUGCUCGCUUAUGAAUUUUUCGUAGUUUGUUGAUAUUUUGUCGAGUGAUUGGCUCGAUGAGAUGUCAAUAAUGUCCAAGUUUCAUAUUUUUUAAUUUUCUCUAUUAAAAAAUAUCGAGGCUUGUUUGAAUUUCUCGUUUUUCUGCUAUGUUAAUAUUUAUUGAAUUUAAUUGUAAUUAACAUCAGUUUAGAAAAAAUGCUCUAAUUUAUAUUUUAAUAUAUUUUUUAAAGGCUGUUAAUUUAUCUUUACCCAAUUCAUGUCUUUAGAUAUUAUAAGUUGUAGUAUUAGAAUUAUGAAAUUCACAUGCACUAUGAUUUUUUACAGGUUUUUAAAAGAAUCACAGUCCUUCAACUGUGUUUGUAAAUAAUUAAAGAUGCCAUACCUGAUAUUACUGUAUAGUUUAAUUUAAAAAAUGAUGUAAAUAUACCUACCUGACUAUCAUAAUUAAAAAAAUAUUUUAAAUCAAAA